AUGCAGCAGAAGGUGCUUAUCGUCACACCCAUUGCUCUCUUCGAGGUUGCAGAUGGCAAGACCAUCGAGCGGGGGAAUUGCGCCUGCGCUGUCGUUGCACUCCCAGCGGAGCGACCAAGGUACAGUCUAGUCUGCUACAAUGACCGUCGUGAGACGCUGUGUGUCGCGUCCCUGUCAUCGAGCAAUGAGCACAGCAUACAGUUUGAACUGCAGGUGAGCAUGUACGCGAGCUUCCGCGACAGCGCAGGGAAGCGCUGGAGUUGCAUGUUUCUUAAGAGCUCGCAAGUGGACGCGUUCCUUGCAGUGCUCGGCAUUGCGCUCUACGCCCUCGCGGGACAACCGCCGCACACCACUGUCAUCAGCGAUUUCGCGCCACCGGUCGGCGAAGUGCGGGUGGGGCUGCAGCACCGCGUGAAGGUGCGGUACGCCGCCUUUGCCAUUCGCAAGGGUGAGGUUCUGCAGCUCGGGGAGCUGCUCGAGACGAACGGAGAUCGCCCGUACAACUUCCAGCCGGUCCAGUCGGUGAUGGCGCUCCACCCUGAGGCCAAGGGCUUCGAGUCCAGUGUACUCGGUAUGAUGGAGGACACAUGGAGGACCGUUGUCGUGCCGGCGACGCUGCCGCGCGCUGGGCGUCACCUUUACGGCGACGAUAGCGUUGCUUUUGUAAUACAGGUCGUCCGCAUUCUCCACGAUGAUGCUCCAAUGACAGACAGCACAAAAGUUCCAGCAGUCUUCGCAAAUGACCCCAACGGCAGCGCGCUCGUCCCCGCUGCUGUUGCUCCUGUUUCUUCAAUGCAAUCGGCAGAUGCCAAUGGUACAAAAAUUGUUGUGCUACACACUGAGCGACGAGAGCCGGCAGUUGGCAGUGACGGUUUACAUGUUCACGCUAGUGUUGCAGGCUCAGAGGGUAGUGGCGUGCCUGCCGAGCAUAUGUCGCUGAUACAGAAAAUUGGUGCGCAGGUUAAUAACGUCACGACGGAGGCGCGAGAUGUACGCGAUGUGGCAGUGAGCGUCGCUGGGGUGUGGAGGCAGAGUGUCAACCAACCUCAUCCAUCGGUGUUGACGAACGCGGCCUUGGAGCAGGCCGUGAAACAGCUUAUUAUGGAUAACGAGGGUGUGAUGGAGGACAUUGCCCGCCGCGAUGAGUUAAUUCGCGCGCUCGAUCAGCGAAACAGGGAGUUGCAGAAGCGUGUAGAUUCAGCUGCAAUGGUGUCGCAGCAGCUCUUGGACGAGAAGAAUGAUUCCGUGCGCAGCGCAUCGGACACUAAGCUGGAAAAGGAACGCGUCAUUAUGAAGCUACAGGAGCAGACUAAUCAGGCCGCAUUAGAGCGUGACGACACCCAACGCCAUCUCCAAAGCGUCAAGAAGCUACUCGAGGUCUCCGACGAGGAACUUCGCCAGAUACGCAGUAAGGCUGACGUGCACCAUAUACAGGCGCAGAGCAUCGUGACGAAGCUGGAUACCGUCCAGGAUGCCUUGGCUGAGGAGCGCUCGCGCCGAAAAGGCCUGGAGGCGAAGGUGAUGGCUCUACAGGAGGAGAUUAGUAACACUGAGGCGGAUCUGCACUUAAAGACCGCGCAGCUGGAUGAUAUCCGCCGUAUGGCCGAUAUGGAGCGUGCACACCAUGCGCAGAUAAUGGAGGAUGAGCGCCAGCGCCGUGGCUUCGAGGCCCAGCAACUGCGCACUGAGAUUAUAACAGAGCUGCAGUCCCGGGAAAAAAAGUUUCAGGCAGACCGUGCGCGGGUGGCGGAGGACAACUUCAAGCGUGGCCAGGCAGAGGGCAAAGAGAUCGGCAAGCGCGAGGCACGCAUCGACGUCGAGACGCAGAUGGGGGAGCUGCGACUCGACGCGCAGCGUGCCCUGACGGAGCUGGAUGCGUCCAAGACAGAGCUUCGUCGCGCCACGGAGACUGGUAUGGCGCAGAACCGCACCCUUAGCGCAAAGGUGGUCGAGCUGAAAAGGCAGAUGUACGAGGAAACGCGGAAGCGAGUGAGGCUGGAGUUCCACUUGCUCGGCGUGCGCACAAAGGUGCGGUGCGCGCAGGACAGCGUCAUGGCGGCUUUCACAUCCGCCGCGUACAGGCUGCGUCGGCCGGCAGAGGCGGCCGACCUGCUGCAGCUGCUGGAAACGCUAAGGAAGCGGCAAGCGUUAGACUUCAAUUUCGAGGACCGCGCGCACACGGCGGAGGAGGCCGACGCAAGGAAGCGCCGCCUUAAUUGGACUGAGGAGGAGAUGACAGCUCGGUACAUCAGUGGAUUGGAGAAUAUUUAUUCUGCAUGGGCAGAACCGCUGCUUGUGGAGCAUGAAAAGACGGUGGCGGGAGUGCGACGGUUGUGGCUCGAACGUGAUGGUGUUUCCCACUACGAGCUUGACGCCGCAGAGACGCGGGGCCGCUUCGAGAUUGGACAGCAGCUAGAGACGUUCUUCGAUGAUGCUAAGAACUUUUUCGAGGAACAAAUGAGACAACGGCAUGGACUCCUCAUUGAGGCGGAGCGUAACUGCGCGGAUCUGCUGGCGGAAUACAGCGAGAUUCUCAGUGCAUUUAACACGUGGCGAAUGGGUGAGAUGCAGGCGCAGCAGCAACUGGAUGAGGCGUGUAUGGUGGCGCGUGUCGCCGUUGAGGAGGAAGAAGCGUAUGCGUUUCGCUGUCUCUUGCGGGAGGCGCUGGCGGGAAUGACGGCGGUGGAUCAGAUCGCCCUCAUGGAGAUGGAGGAAGAGGCGAGGGCCGCGAUUGAUGCGGAUCAGUAUGCAGAGUUCAGUGGGCUUCUCUUUGACUGCAGGAUGGGACUAGAGCCGCUGGUUCGCACUGCUGCAGCUGCUGCUGAGCAACGCAUAUGCAUGACGGAGGAGGCGGAGUCGCGUACCUCCAUCAUGGCCGAAGAGGAGCAUGAAAUCGGCGUUAUUUUCAGGGAGCAAGUGCCACCACCAUUGCUACAACACCGGCAAGACGAGCAUCCAAAGGCAUCAGCAACACUAUCCCUGCCACCACCGCAAGCGGUUCCUGUCGAUGACGGAACGGAUGCAAGAAGUUCCGGUGAUGCUCCUACAGUUCCUGCUGGGCCGGAAGGCGGAGCAGCGCCUGUUGGGCAAGAGCCGCAGCUGCAGGAGCAGCGGGCGCGAAGCGGUCGCAUCGAGCAGAUUCGUGUAGACUCUGACAACAAAGACAUCAGCGGUAAUAAUAGUUCCUCCGAUAGGCCUCCUGUUGCUUCUGUAGCGAAUAUUCCCACACGCUCUAAAGUACCGCCACCACCACUACCAACAUCGACAACACGGCCUGCACUCUUUGACUCUUCCACCGAAGACGACAGCGACCAUGCCUUUAAGCCGAAACCAUUGUUACAGGGGAGCGCCGCUCUCAGGCGUAUGCUUCCACCGAAGUCGAAACUUUUUGACAGCAGUGAUAGCGACUAG